AUGACUCAGCCACGGUUUUUGGCAGAUGCAUUCCCUUACACCAAAACUAUCAAUGGCCAAGAGAUUGCGUUCACAGAUUAUGGCUAUGCCCAUGACGGGCCUGCUAUUGUGACUUUCUCUGGGUGGAAUUCCGACCAUCGAGGUUAUUCUUAUGUCACGUCAUAUCUCAUGGAGCAUCAUCGUGUUAUUAGCAUCUGCUUCAGGGGCCAUGGACCUAACCGUGAUAACGUCGAAGAUUUUGGGUUCGAUGACCAUGCCCAGGAUGCCCUAGCUCUGCUGGAUACGCUAGGCGUCGAUCAGUUUAUUGUUCUUGCAGCGUCACACGGAAACUGGGCAGCAAUGAACUUGGCUGAAAUUGCGGGUCGUGAGCGCUUGCUAGCAAUCUUGAUCCUGGACCAUCUAGCGGUUGAUGCUUCUCCUCAGUUCUACGGAGCGCUGAAAGCUCUACAAGGGAAAGAUACUUGGCGCCAGGCGACCGUAGCGUUCUUCAAAAGCUGGCUUGGCGGUACCCAAAACGCAAAUAUUCAGUACCAAUGCCUUACCGCUAUUGGAGGCUUUGGCUAUGAGACCUGGGCCCGAUCUGGCAGAACGGUUGAAGCAGCAUACAGAACUUGGGGCUCCCCAUUGAAGAGGCUUGAAGCACUGAGCGAUCCUCCUUUGGUCCACCAUGUUUACAGCCAGCCUGGUAGCGAAGAGUAUGCAACCCUUCAUCGAGAGUUUCAGCAAAAGCAUCCAGAAUGGUUCUCAUAUAUUCAUGCCAAGGGCGAUACGCAUUUCCCCCACAUUGAGCAGCCGGAAUUGGUCUUCAAGGAGACAGUGGCGCUUAUGGAAAAAGCUAUAAAACGAGCACUGCCAGCCAAAAAUUGAUGUAACGUAGUUAGAAAUUAGCUUAUAUACAGAUGCAUGUAUGUAUAUAAAUAUAUUAAAUUCCCUAUAUACCUACUCAUGCUUGAAAUCAUUUUCCUCGCCGUUACCUCAAAGUACCGGCUAUUAUGAUAUAAG